GUUUACAAAUUGGAAAUUUUGUAUUUUGAGUGCAAGUCCUUUCCAAAUAAAAUAAAAGUUGUUUUUAUAAUUUUAAUAAAUAAUUAAUUCCAUUUUUAAAAAAUAACUUUGACUAUGAACAAAAAUAUUAUUAAACAAUAUGUUUGCAUUAAUUGUGGACAACCAGCCAAAGAACUUUUCAAAAAAUUCAGUACAUCAGUGAAAGUUGUUCGAUGUGAUAAAUGCAAUUUAAUAGUUGACAAAUACAUUGAAUUCGAACCAGUUGUGAUAUUAAUUGAUUCUGUUUUGCUAUCUGAGACUGCUUUCCGUCACAUUCUUUUUAAUCAAGAUUUUAAACUUCAUUGGAAGUUAUCACUUGUCCUUUUGCUUUUGGAGUCAUUUGCUUUGUGGCGCCAUAAAAGACAAGACAUUGGACUGAAAGAUGAUGUUGAUAUGGUCCACGAAAAAGGCUUUUAUAUCUGUUGCCUACAGAACAUUAUUGACAACCUAAUUUUAUUCACUUUGUUAUUUACCUGCACAGUUUUUGUGCAGAAAAACUCAGUCAAUUUGAAAUCAGCAAUUAAUUUAUACAAAGGUAUAACAAUUGCUAAUUUUUCAAAAUUCUUUUUAUUGCCUAUUAUGAUUUGGAGAGAUAAUACGACUGAAUUUGGAGCAAAUGUACAUUAUUUUCUAGUUAUGGGUCAUUAUUUAUUGUCAUCGAUAUUUGUGUAUUCAGUUGUAAGUCGAUUAUCGAAAACUCGAAGUGCAUUGAUUGUUUUGUCAUUGUUUGCAUUUAAAGAAUAUAUUAAAGCUGGUAUAUCCAUGUACACAGUUAAUAAUCUUGCGAAAUAAUAAAAAUUAAAGAACUAAA